AACGUUUGGGCAAAUUUGUGGCCGUUUGAUGCUAAGUUAGUGCUGGAAUCGAUUGCUAUUCUUGUUUUGAGAAUGUUCUUUUUUCAGAGGUAAUCUUGAUUUCUAGGUGUAGAUUCCAAUUUAUUGGAUGGAGCUUGGUUGGAGUGAAGCUAGAAGCAUAGAACGGUAGCCAAGUGGGUCAUAUUUCAUUCUACUAGAGCAAAGCUGUAGGUUGAUCAACCAGCUGGUGGAUCGGAUCUACUGUCUGCUUGGUGUUUUUAGUUAGUCCCUACUUAAGGCAGAAAAAUCAAGAAUUUGUGAAGAUAAACCUUUUUUUCUUUCUUUGUACUUACAUUUGCAGAGGGCUGAUUUUGCUACCUAAUGUUUUUUUCUGUCAACAUCCAAGAGCAUCCUACUCAUGCGGUUUGGUAGGAUUAGCCAGCCAUUCCCUCAGCAUUAAACCGAGCUUUAUUUAAGCUGUUUGGUUGGCUGAAAAUGUUGCUUUGCUACAAAGUGGGAGCAAAUAAUAACUUGGGACAUCAAAAUAAGGUUUUAUCCAUGGAAACUGCAAAAUGCCAACUUAUUAUUUAUUUAUUUAUUUAGGGUCCUCCUGUACUACAAGCCGAUGUGCAGAAUCAACUGAUGAUCAGCCUGGUACUAGGCUACUAGCAUGCGUCCACUGAAAGUCUGAAACGUUAAAUGGUUGUGUUAAAUGUGUUGCCUGUUGACUUAUGAUGAAGAACCCUUGGGUGGCACGAACUACAUUCGCCAAGAUAACAGGAGUCUAUCUGAGAACUGGAGCGGCAUGGGAUUGGACCAUGAUGGCCUAGAAGAUGAAGUGGCCUUCUCAGACUUCGACAAUCACAAUACCUUCUCUUCAUCAAACAGCGAACUACAUUUUUCUUCAUCAAAUGAGCAUCUACGGAACAGAAUGGCAUGCAGAAACCAUCCAUCCUUCCUUCAGCCUGCCCUCUCUGCUGACAGUUUGCUCAGGUCAGCCAGCCGGAUGACAGACUUAACUGAGUUUAAGGCUGUUACAACAUGCAAUACCUGCAAACCUGCAACUAUCAGUAGGGACACUGAAGCAGAUGCCAAGUCCCUGAAAAACCUCAAUAGCACAGCGCCACUGUCAAUCUACCACCCUGCUGCCUUCUCCCGGACAAGGCACAAAGGGCCACAUAUUCUUUCGUGGCUCUUACCAAAGUCAAAGAGGAAGCCGAAAUCAGACAUGUCACCAAACACCAUCGAAUGCGAGAACAUGUCGCAGCUUCUAAAGGAGUGGGGUGUGUUCUCACUAGAGUCCCUGAAGAAAGAGGUCAUUGAGGCCAAUGAGCACAGGGAUGCUGCCCUGCAAGAAGUGUCAGAGGUGAAAUCAUCAUUAGGGGAACUCACUACCAAGCUAGUGAGCCUGGAAGCAUACUGUUCGGAACUGAAGAAAGCUCUAAAGCAAGCGACGAGCGCGAAGAACAUGCAAUCUCACUCAAAGAGAUCAACUAGAUCAGUUAGUGGCAAAGACAAUUCCUUGCCCGUCAGUCAUGAAGUCAUGGUGGAAGGGUUUUUGCAGAUAGUAUCUGAGGCCCGUCUCUCCAUAAAACAGUUUUGCAAGGUACUAAUCCAACAAGUCGAGGAUGCUGACAAUGGACUAUCAGAUAAGCUAAAUUUACUCCUACAACCUUACCAAAUUACGCUCAGCGACAAGCACCCGAAACUAGUGCUGUACCACCUUGAAGCUCUGAUGAACCAAGCAAUGUACCAAGACUUUGAAAACUGCACGUUCCAGAAGAACGGGUCACCCAAAUGCCUCGACCCCAAGCAGGACCGGCAGGAGAACUUUGCCUCUUUCGUGGCCCUGCGCAACCUGAGCUGGAACGAGGUCCUGAAGAAGGGCACCAAGUACCACUGCGAGGACUUCAGCCACUUCUGCGACCAGAAGAUGAGCUGCAUCGUGUCCACCCUGAACUGGUCGUGGCCGUGGGCCGAGCAGCUGCUGCAAUGCUUCUUCGUGGCGUCCAAGUGCAUCUGGCUGCUCCAUCUGCUGGCGUUCUCCUUCAGCCCACCGCUGACGGUUCUGCGGGUCGAGGAGAACAGGGCGUUCGACCAGAUGUACAUGGAGGACGUGCUGUUCGACAAGCAGCAGGCGCAGAACCAUCCGUCGGCGGCGCAGGUGAAGCUCAUGGUGAUGCCUGGGUUCUAUGUCCAGGACCGGGUGCUCAAAUGCAGGGUGCUCUGCAGGUACAGCUAGAUCCGAACUUCAGAAGGAUACGAGUUUGCCGCUGACUGGAGGUGCCUCUAGUUUUCUUUUGACUGAUUGCUAGUGUGAUGUAGUAGCAUUUGUUUUGACCGUUGACGUGUCUGUCAGUAUAUCUGUAACAUACGAGCGUUGCAAGAGCGCCAUGUGUAAGAAAGGUUUUUAUGGGAAUUCUUAACUUAACAGCUCUGUCAUCUGCAAUGAAGCCUGUUAACCUCAAAUUGUUAAA